AUGGUUAAGUAUCAAUUCACAAGUUAAGACGUAGAGUAAUAGGCAAACCAAUUAGAGAGAUUAAAAGAAAUUAUUGAAAAAUAAGCAAGGAUCAUUGAAAAAUUGGAAAAUAAAAAUAAUGAUUUGAGGUUUUAAGUUGAGAAACUGUCCUUAUAAUUGGAGGAGCAAUAAGGCAAAUCUUAAAAAGAUAGUGAUUUAUUAGAAAUUAAAGAGGAAAAGUAGGAUUAAGAUGGUUCCAUAAUAUAACAAUAGAAAAUAGAAAAUAUUUUUGUUUAAAACACAUAGAGUCUUUUCCCUGCUCGCAAUGAAUUAACUCCACAUCAACAAUCGAGUUUUAUUCCUCCUUAUAACGAAUAAACUCUACAUCAUCAACCUAUUAACCUUUUUAAUUAAUAACCAAUUAAACUAAACAACAUUAAAGAGGAUAGUGAUAUAAGUUCUAAAAAUCAAUAAUUUUAAGACUAAUUCAAGGUGAAUGACAAAUUUUUCAGGGAAUAAAAAUAAUCUUAAUCAAAUGAUCCUAGCCUUAAUACAUCAUUAAUUUAGAAUAAUAAUUAAGAUAACAAUAAAAAUAAUGAUCCCUUUAUUGUGGAAAGUAAAUAAGAUUAUAAUAUUUUUGGUUAUCCCACUAAAAAUGAUCAGCCUUAAUAAUAAUCUAGUUUAUUUUAAAUUAAUUAACCUCCUCAAAAUCAAAAAGAAUAAAUGAUUUUGGAAGAAGUAGAGGAAGAGUAAGAUGAACCCUUAAUGUUUGGAGAUCCAUCAUCAAUUUAUUAUAACAAUCCUUUGGCCGAUAAAAGUAAAUAAAAUAAAGAAUAAGAAGUUGAAAAAGUUGAAGAGGUUGAAGAAGCUAUUAAGGAUUUAUAAAUAAAUGAAAAUUAAAAAGCAAAUUCUUAGUAAAAUAUCAAUGAUGCUUUGUCUAAAAGUGACGGUUCUGCUUAGCUUAAUUAAAAUGGAGAGGACUUUUAAUUUGAAGAAAAUAAUGAAUAAGAAUCAAUUUGA